AUGACCAGCUUGAAGCGGUCCCAGACUGAAAGACCUGUUGCCACUGAAAGAGCAUCAAUGGUUGGAACAGAUGGGAUUUCCAAGGUUCACACUGAUGACUUCUACAUGCGACGCUUCAGGUCGCAGAAUGGCAGUUUGGGUUCUUCUGUCAUGGCUCCUGUGGGCCCUCCUCGAAGUGAAGGUUCUCACCAUAUUACCUCUACUCCAGGAGUCCCAAAGAUGGGGGUUAGGGCAAGGAUUGCAGAUUGGCCACCAAGGAAGGACAAUGUUAAAGAAUCUAGCCGAUCAAGUCAAGAAAUGGAGACUUCAAGUUGCCUUGACAGCAUGUCCUCCAAAGGCAGUCCUGGAAGUCAAGGUAGUUCAGUGAACCUCAACUCCAGUGACUCUGCUAUGUUAAAAAGCAUACAGAAUACUCUAAAAAGCAAAACAAGACAAUCAGAGAACAUGGAUUCCAGAUUUCUCAUGCCGGAAGCUUAUCCUAGCUCCCCUAGGAAAGCCCUUCGCAGAAUAAGACAACGUAGUAACAGUGACAUUACUAUAAGUGAACUUGAUGUGGAUAGCUUUGAUGAAUGUAUCUCACCCACAUACAAAACUGGUCCAUCACUACACAGGGAGUAUGGUAGCACAUCAUCAAUAGAUAAACAGGGAACUUCAGGAGAAAGCUUUUUUGAUUUGUUGAAGGGAUACAAAGAUGAUAAAUCUGAUCAGAGAGGCCCAACCCCAACAAAACUGAGUGAAUUUUUGAUAGCCGGUGGAAGCAAGGGUUCAGGCUUUUCUUUGGAUGUGAUAGACGGACCUAUCACACAGAGAGAGAACCUCAGACUUUUUAAGGAAAGGGAGAAACCACUCAAGAGACGGUCUAAGUCAGAAACAGGGGAUUCAUCCAUUUUUCGUAAAUUACGUAAUGCCAAAUGUGAUGGGGAACUUGGAAAAUCGUCAGACCUUGAAGAUAAUCGAUCAGAGGACUCUGUCAGACCUUGGACUUGUCCAAAGUGUUUUGGUCACUAUGAUGUCCAGAGCAUAUUGUUUGACUUGAAUGAGGCAAUUAUCAAUAGGCACAAUGUAAUAAAAAGGAGAAACACAACCACAGGAGCAUCUGCAGCUGCUGUUGCUUCUUUAGUUUCUGGACCUUUAUCACAUUCUGCAAGUUUCAGUUCCCCUAUGGGAAGUACUGAGGACUUGAAUUCUAAGGGAAGCCUCAGCAUGGACCAGGGAGAUGAUAAGAGUAAUGACCUUGUAAUGAGCUGUCCGUAUUUCCGAAAUGAGAUUGGUGGAGAAGGAGAAAGGAAGAUCAGUUUAUCCAAAUCAAAUUCUGGUUCCUUCAGUAGUGAAAGUGCCUCAUUUGAAUCAACUCUUAGCUCUCAUUGCACAAAUGCAGGAGUGGCUGUACUUGAAGUGCCCAAGGAAAAUUUGGUUUUGCAUUUAGAUAGAGUAAAGAGAUACAUUGUGGAACAUGUGGAUCUUGGUGCAUACUAUUAUAGGAAAUUUUUUUAUCAGAAGGAACACUGGAACUAUUUUGGGGCAGAUGAGAACCUGGGUCCAGUGGCUGUAAGCAUUCGAAGAGAAAAACCAGAAGAAUUGAAAGAAAAUGGACCUCCAUACAACUAUCGCAUAAUAUUCAGAACUAGUGAGCUCCUGACAUUAAGAGGUGCUGUACUAGAAGAUGCCAUCCCUUCAACUGCAAAACAUUGUACAGCUAGAGGAUUGCCCUUGAAAGAAGUACUGGAGCAUGUAAUUCCUGAGCUAAAUGUUCAGUGUCUGAGGUUGGCCUUCAACACCCCUAAAGUCACAGAACAACUCAUGAAACUGGAUGAGCAAGGGUUAAGCUAUCAAUUGAAAGUGGGAAUCAUGUAUUGCAAAUCUGGACAGAGCACUGAAGAAGAGAUGUACAACAAUGAGUCAGCAGGCCCUGCUUUUGAAGAAUUCCUCCAACUUUUGGGAGAACGAGUUCGUCUCAAGGGAUUUGAGAAGUAUCGUGCUCAACUUGAUACUAAAACUGAUUCAACUGGUACCCACUCUCUUUACACAACUUAUAAAGACUAUGAAAUUAUGUUUCACGUAUCUACUUUGCUGCCAUAUACACCUAACAACAAACAACAGCUCCUACGGAAGAGACACAUUGGAAAUGAUAUUGUUACAAUAGUUUUCCAAGAGCCAGGAGCCCAGCCCUUCAGCCCAAAGAACAUUCGCUCUCACUUCCAGCAUGUUUUUGUCAUUGUCCGAGUUCACAAUCCCUGCACUGACAGUGUCUGUUACAGUGUGGCUGUAACGAGGUCCAGAGAUGUGCCAUCCUUUGGGCCACCAAUCCCCAAAGGAGUCACUUUCCCUAAGUCUAAUGUGUUCAGGGACUUCCUUUUGGCCAAAGUAAUUAAUGCGGAGAAUGCUGCUCAUAAGUCUGAGAAAUUCCGUGCCAUGGCUACCCGGACCCGCCAAGAGUACCUAAAAGAUCUAGCAGAGAAGAAUGUAACCAAUACUCCCAUUGAUCCUUCUGGCAAAUUCCCCUUCAUCUCUCUUGCCUCCAAGAAAAAAGAGAAAUCCAAACCUUAUCCUGGAGCAGAAUUUAGUAGCAUGGGUGCCAUUGUAUGGAGUGUCCACGCCAAAGACUACAAUAAGGCAAUGGAGAUAGACUGUCUUCUGGGCAUCUCGAAUGAAUUUAUAGUUCUCAUUGAACAAGAAACCAAAAGUGUGGUAUUCAAUUGUUCCUGCAGAGAUGUAAUAGGAUGGACUUCAACUGACACCAGCAUCAAAAUCUUCUAUGAGAGAGGGGAAUGUGUUUCUGUGGAGAGCUUCAAUAACAACAACGAGGAUAUCAAAGAGAUUGUCAAAAGACUGCAGUUUGUGACUAAAGGAUGUGAGUCAGUGGAGAUGACUUUGCGAAGAAAUGGGCUUGGACAGCUUGGCUUCCAUGUAAACUAUGAAGGUAUUGUGGCAGAUGUGGAACCUUAUGGCUAUGCCUGGCAGGCAGGACUGAGGCAAGGCAGCCGCCUGGUGGAAAUUUGUAAAGUGGCUGUUGCUACCUUAAGCCAUGAACAAAUGAUUGACCUUCUGAGAACAUCAGUCACAGUGAAAGUGGUCAUUAUACCACCCCAUGAUGAUUGUACCCCAAGAAGGAGCUGUUCUGAAACAUACCGCAUGCCAGUGAUGGACUACAAAAUGAAUGAAGGGGUUUCCUAUGAAUUUAAGUUCCCUUUCAGAAAUAACAACAAAUGGCAGAGAAAUGCCAACAAAGGGCAAGGACCUCAUGGGUCCCAAGUACCCUCCCAGGUUCAGAGUCCAGUGAUUUCUCGAAUGAGUGCUGGAAAAGGAGAUGGGAAAAUGCAGCCUCCAGAACGAGCAGCUAAUAUUCCUCGAAGCAUCUCUAGUGAUGGUCGCCCUCUGGAAAGGAGGUUGUCUCCUGGCUCUGACAUCUAUGUGACAGUUUCAUCCAUUGCUUUAGCGAGAUCACAGCAAUGUCGUAACUCCCCCAGCAACCUGUCUUCAUCUAGUGAGACUGGCUCUGGUGGGGGCACUUACAGACAAAAAUCCAUGCCUGAAGGGUUUGGAAUGAGCCGCAGAUCCCCAGCCUCCAUUGACCGGCAAAACACUCAGACGGAUAUUGGUGGCAGUGGGAAAGCUACACCCAGCUGGCAGAGAAGUGAGGAGAGCAUUGCUGACCAGAUGGCUUACAGUUAUAGAGGACCUCAGGAUUUCAAUUCUUUUGUCCUCGAGCAGCAUGAAUAUACAGAGCCAACAUGCCACCUCCCAGCUGUAUCAAAGGUAUUGCCAUCCUUCAGAGAGAGCCCUAGUGGGAGAUUAAUGCGACAGGAUCCAGUUGUUCAUUUGUCACCAAACAAACAAGGGCAUUCUGAUAGUCAUUACUCCAGCCACUCCAGUAGCAAUACUCUGUCCAGCAAUGCAUCCAGUGCUCACAGUGAUGAGAAGUGGUAUGAUGGAGAUCGCACAGAGUCUGAGCUCAAUAGCUACAACUAUCUUCAAGGAACCUCUGCAGAUAGUGGCAUCGAUACCACCUCCUACGGCCCCAGCCACGGGAGCACAGCAUCUCUGGGGGCUGCUACUUCAUCCCCACGCUCAGGACCUGGAAAAGAAAAGGUGGCCCCUCUGUGGCACAGCUCCAGCGAAGUGGUCUCCAUGGCAGAUAGGACCUUAGAAAAAGAGAGUCAUGGCGUGGACCGGAAGACAGAAUCUUCACUGAGCCUGGAUAUCCAUAGCAAGAGCCAGCCCACCUCUAAUCCUUUAACAAGAGAGAACAGUACUUUUAGCAUUAACGAUGCUGCAUCUCACACAAGUACCAUGAGCUCACGACACUCUGCCAGUCCAGUUGUUUUCACCAGUGCCAGAAGUUCACCCAAAGAAGAGCUUCAUUCUGCCACUUCCCCGCAGCUCGCGCCUUCUUUCUCCUCCUCCUCUUCCUCCUCUUCUGGUCCUAGGACUUUCUACCCUCGGCAGGGUGCUACUAGCAAGUACCUGAUUGGAUGGAAAAAACCUGAAGGGACAAUAAACUCUGUGGGGUUUAUGGAUACAAGAAAACGCCACCAAAGUGAUGGCAAUGAAAUAGCCCACACCAGGUUGCGUGCCUCUGCCAGGGACCUCCGGGCAUCUCCAAAGCAAACAUCUAAGUCAACAAUUGAAGAGGAUCUAAAAAAACUAAUUGACCUUGAAAGCCCAACUCCUGAAUCACAGAAAAAUUUUAAGUUCCAUGGACUUUCCUCUCCACAAUCUCCUUUCCCUUCUACUCCUACCACAAGGCGGACCUUGCACAGAACAUUGUCGGAUGAAAGUAUUUAUAGCAGUCAAAGAGAACACUACUUCCCCUCGAGGAACUCGAUUCUGGACCAAGCCUUGCCCAACGAUGUCCUCUUCAGUAGCACCUACCCUUCUCUCCCAAAGUCUCUCCCUUUACGGAGGCCAUCGUACACAUUAGGAAUGAAGUCAUUGCAUGGAGAGUUCUCAGCUUCAGACAGCUCCCUCACUGAUAUCCAGGAGCCAAGAAGGCAGCCCAUGCCGGACCCAGGUCUCAUGCCCCUGCCAGACUCUGCUUCUGACCUAGACUGGUCAAAUUUGGUAGAUGCUGCCAAAGCUUUUGAGGUCCAGCGAGCCUCGUUCUUUGCUGCUAGUGAUGAAAACCACCGACCUCUGAGUGCUGCCUCCAACAGCGACCAGCUAGAGGACCAAGCUAUGGCCCAGAUGAAGUCUUAUGGAAGCAGUAAAGAUUCUUCUCCUACACUGGCUUCUAAAGUGGACCAACUGGAAGGUAUGCUGAAGAUGCUUCAAGAAGAUUUGAAGAAGGAAAAAGAAGACAAAGCUCACCUCCAGGCUGAAGUCCAGCAUCUUCGGGAAGACAACUUGCGUUUACAGGAAGAGUCCCAGAGUGCAUCAGACAAGCUGAAAAAAUUCACUGAAUGGGUCUUCAACACAAUUGAUAUGAGCUAAAGACUGAUCAAACAGAGAGGGGUAAGGGAAGGUAGGGGAGGGGACCAAGAGGGAAUGUUCCCUUUCUUCUGAGACUGCUUUAAUGCCCCAGAAUCAUGCAAUUGAAAGCAUCUUCAGAGCACUUUCCCCACCUUCCCUAUAGAUAGCCCCUUUUUUUGCGAGUGCACAAACAGAACAAUUGCAGAUCAACAAUCACUGUCUGCCUUUUAUAGAAAAACAAAAAAAAAUAAUUAAAUAAAAAAUUUAAAAAGUAAAAUAAAACUUUAACUGCUAAAAUGUGAAUGUCUUUAUUUUUUUGCACAGUAUCUUUAUCUGUAAUGUAUAAAGAAAAAAAAUGGGGAUUAGACUAGAAUGAUCUAGUCCAUCUGCCUCUAUUUACUUCCCAUCAGCUCUUUCCUUUCUGUUUCAGGUAAUCCAAACUUUUUCUUGCUCUUCUGAAAAAUAUGAUGAUUCCUAGAAAACUAGUACAUGUUUAUUUUGGAUUGUUUAUUGGGGGUUAGGGUUGGGGCUGUGGGAGGGCUGUGUUCCUUACCUUCUGUGCUGAAGUGACUGGACAUGAGCAGCUGUGUAUCUCCCUUGAAUGCAUGAAUCAAUGCUGUUUUUCUCUGUGUUAACCCAGAACAGCAGGAUUAGGCAGGGAAACAGAGGCCAUGGAUGGGGCGUGUUAUUCAUGAUCUUUUCUACAUCCCUAGUUACUACCGCAAGAUUUGCUAUCACCUAUGGUUUCCUGUGGAUAUACUUCCACCUACUUUCCACAGGGUAAAUAGACUUCUCAAGUGCUGUCUUAAGCAACCUCUCCAAAUGUAGAACUGACCUCUACUUACCUUUCUGGCUGCAAACAUAAGUUUUUUAAGGUUCCCACACAUCACAUCUAUUGAAUUACCCAUCCCAAGAACUUCAUUCUCUCCAUUCGAUAUAGUCUAAAAACGAUGGUCCCCCUGCCUUUUUGGUUUUCCUUUUGAGGGAAAACAGACAUGAGACCAAAAACUGGCCAAUUAACACUGAUUAAAAGUACCCAGAAGAUGAUUUAAGUGUUAGUCUUGGUAGGAGACAGGAAAAAUGUAGAGGGAAAAUUAAAUUACAAAACUUUAAAGAGCUCUUGCUUACCUUUUGAAUGUA